AAUUUUUUGAAAAUAAUCAUAUGAUGAUUAUCUGUACUACAUCUGAACGAUUAUCUGAAUGGAUAAAAUGUGAACACUUUCAAAUAGAUCUUUCUUUCAAACGUGUUGCAGGUGAAAUUAAUGAAUUUGAGGUUAAUUAUUAUAAUCCUCAACAUAAUCUAACACCUCAAUUUAAGCAUACUCAUAAAAAAGGUUGGGGCUGUGUUAUUGCAGAUCUGGAUUAUGCACAAGCACAAGAUCUAGGAUUAGUUUUAAAUGAAAUAGACAAAACAAGAAAUUGGGAAGAAUAUUUAGUUCAUUUUUUUAAAUCCUGUAAAGUACAUUAUAAAGCUGAAUCAGAGGAUACAAUCAAUCAUUUAUUUGAUAAUAUUCAAAAAAUUGAUAAAAAUACUGCUGUUAAUUCUGAUACUGAAAAUGACGAUAAGGAGAAUAAGUUAACUUCAAGAAUUAGUGAACUUGAAUAUAAAGAACGGGUUCUGGCUUUAAAAGAGCAUGAAAUUGAUCUAAGAGAACGAGAGGCUAAAAUCUAUUUAAUGGAACUAUCAAAUUUUGAGAAGAAGCGUGAGUUAGAAUUUGUUAAAUCUUGA